AUGCCUGAUUUUUACUGGAAUGAUUUCAAAAUUUACUUCCUGUGUUUUGAUAAGGAGUGCCGUCGACGGGAUAAACGUGCCACGAGUAACAACUGUGAAGUGGAUGAGUUCCUUGUAAGCAGAAUGAAACGGCAAGCGUAUAAUCCGUCUGGAAUCCUUGACAUAGUCAAGUUACUCAGCAAAACCAUGGGUGAAGGAGGCGGUCCUGGUGGUUGUAUGAAAUUCCCAGCAUGUGUGCUUGCACAGAAGAAACGGCGAAAGCGACAUGCAGAGAGGGUGGAGCAGUACCACAAGGAAGUGGCAGCUCAUAAGCAAGCGCUCAAACAGCACGAAGAGCAGCACCUCCGUCAGAAGCGUCAAUUCUUCUCACCGGACGCCGGCGCUGGAUGUGUACCUUGUCCAGCAUGGGUUACAUUGGCGUUAAUGAGUCGUAAGAAGCGGUCCACCAAUUCGUCAGAAGAGUCUGAAGAUGAGCCACCUCCAAGGAUGACUCUAUCGGAAGCUAUAGCUGACAUACGACGCAGAGCCGGAUACAAGCUAGGCUUUCAUGAUGAUGACAAAUCACCACGUCGUAAGCAGGGCAAGUGUGAUCAGACGGAUGAUUGCUUAAACGAAGUCGAAUACGCCAUCUUCAAGAAGGUCUACCACAAUACACGAGUCAAGAGAGAGCUUCCUCAAAUUGUUAAUGAACCCAUGAGCUUCCGUAAAGAGAACUGGAGCUGGAACAAGGCGCACUCACGACAGGUCGUGAAUAGAAGUUGUGGCAAGAAGAAGAAGGUGAAAAGGUAUGGUUCAACUGGGGAAGGCGUAAGCAAAAUCCAUUGUGAACAGAGCAUGUUUUGA